CUUACAAAGUUCAUAUUUCGCCUUCCCCUGUGUCCCCUGCCUCAAGAUACCCAGGGAACAGUGUGUUAAGAGUGUGCAGGCACCCGUGGUGGCCACCAUGGGUAAACACCGCCCUCCUGUGCCCAGGAACACGCAGUCAGGAACCGGCAAGAGCAAGCAUCACCGCCGUUCCUCCACCUCGUCUGCCGCUUCCAGCGACCACUCCUCCCACUCCAGCCCCUCCAAAGGACUCCCUGCCGCCCCCCCUGCCCCAGGACGACCCAAGGCUGCACGUACCCACGAAGACAUGGACGCCACAGGGUACCAGCACAGGCCGAGUUCCCCUGCAGCUACGACGCCGUGGCAGCCCUGGAGGACGAGGAACCCUCUCUCAAGACGCACAACCGCAUGGGUCGAGACAGAAGCUCAGUCCUCAUUCCGCUCGACGAAAUCAGCUUUCGCCUCCUGGAGGAGACAGCCAACGAUCCUGGGGCCUCCAUCAGGGUGAUAAAACUCGCUCCACAAACCCAGGUUACCAAAGGUAUCGUCAUGGGAUACCCACUCCGUCUCCCUCUCUCCAUCCUCCAGCGCCAUCCCCAGGUAGAGGAAGCGGUGCGCUGCCAGACUUCACGCCACAAGGAGGACACAAGGCAAGUUCUGGUAACUCUGAGAGGCCCGCUAAUCCCGUCUCUCACCCUAGGCAACUGGGGAACGUUCUACCUCCGCCCCUAUGUGCCCGAACCCCUACGAUGCCACCGCUGCCAGAAGUUUGGACAUCACCGGGCGACUUGCAGCAGGAACCCGAUAUGCGGUGUAUGCAGUGGGCAGCACGACACCCAGAGAUGCCUCACCCGCUACAAAGCCAAGGAGGAUGUGACGCACCGCUGCCCAAAUUGUGGAGGCCCCCACCACGCCUGGAAUCCUUCCUGUCCAGUAAGACUGUCACACAUCCACCAUGGCAGGGAACUCCAGGUCAACUGGGUAAAGGAGCAGCAGACAACUACUGUUUCCCCAGCACCUCCAGGCACUUUUGUGUGGGGACAACAGCAGUCCUCAAAUCGCCCAUCACCACCACC